CACCAUGUGUGGUAACUCCUCAGAAUGUCCAAGCCGGUCCAGCUCUACAUGGUUCUGACAAAGAAGAUUUCUGGCCCCCGCUCUCACCCUCGCCAUGUGACAUCAGUGACGAUGAACUGGUCAGCAUUAGUGUCAGGGAUCUCAAUCGGCAAUUAAAGCUGCGAGGUCUCAGCAGAGAAGACAUAAUUAAGAUGAAACAGCGCAGAAGAACACUAAAGAACCGAGGUUAUGCUGCAAGUUGCCGCAUCAAGAGAAUAGAGCAGAAGGAUGAGUUAGAGUCAGAACGCACCACAGAGCAAGUUGAUAUUGAUAAACUCGUUUCUGAAAAUGUCAGCAUGAGAUCCGAAAUUGACCGAUUGUUCCAGAAUUAUGAAGCCUUGAAGAAAUUUGCCAACCUUAAGAACAUACCUCUACCUCCUGAUCUAGAGACCCUUUAAUUGUUGCAAAAGCAAGUGUGUUAAUAGUCAUAUAUAUAUAUAUUUUUCAUGCAUUCCAAUUGUAAUGCAAAAAGAGUUCUUAAAUGCCUUAAUCAGUGGUUCAAAAUAAGAGAUUUAUAGACGGUUAUCAGGGCUGAUUCCUUGUUAACACAGUUGUUUCAGGACUAACUUAGCUAUUAAGUAAAUGGGGAUCUAGUUUUUAUGAUAGCUUCUCUUUAAUUCUCUAGAGAUAAGUCUUUAUCAGAUUAAAGUCUACAAGUCUAAAUUGCAACAUGUCAGUAAUGUUGCCUUUGGAUUUGUUUUUGUAUGAGUGUCUGAAGUCGUACCUAAGAAUCAUUGAGACCAUACUUUACUCUGUCUUCUAACCUUACUGGAAUAAUGUUAGUUCAAAACUUGUAGAUAGUAAAUUAAAAGAGUGUUAAGUGUCCAGA